UGGCUCAGUGACUGGCUGUCGGAGCGUAAAAUAUUUUUCAAUUUGCUGAUGGUGGGGACUGUACGUGGCUUCGUUUUUCCAUCGCAGUGCUUCUCUGAAUAACUUUUUCGAAUCAACGUGAUCAUUCUUGGUUCGUCUUCCGUGAUAUGUAACAACAAACCUCUUGCAACAGUGAAAAGUAUUAUAUAAGUGUAAAUGUGCAGAAGCACUGCGGUUGAUCCGCUCUGCAGCAAAAUUGAACAUAACACCAGCUGCCCGUAGACGCAAAAAAAUAAAAAAUACCAGCGCAAGUUGUGUCAAUCAAGCAACCGAACAGCAGCGAAUUUCUCUUGAUUGCCGCCGGGCCGGGGCUGGCGAGAAGCGGAGGAAACUUGCGGUGUGUUUACCGAACCCCGUUUGUAGUACAGUACGUUAGAGGUUGACUGCUACAAGCCUUAUCGAAGGACAGCUGGUGGUGCACCACACCAGAUUGCAAAAAAAAAAGUUGAAUACGCAUAAAAAUAGCCGACGUCAGCAGGCAGAAUGCUGAAUCUCGUGGAAGCGCUAGCGAAUCUCUCGGGGGCUUCGCCGCCUGCUAUUCGACUUAUACUUUCCGUUCUCGUUGCCUACCCGUUGGGAGCAUUCUAUCGAAAUUUAAAGGCUACCGCCUUCGUCAAGAAUCUCUACACUGCCGGCACCGGCAUCGCAAUUGUGCUGUUCAACUAUGGUUUUGAUUUGUACCACAGCGCCUCAGCGGUUGCGGUAACCUAUCUACUGAACGCAUUCUUCGCCACCAGCAUCCUACUGGUACCGCUGAGCUUCUGCUACCACAUGGGUUAUCUUCUCAUCGGUUACUAUUUUACCACGUCAGACACCUACGACAUCAAGUGGACGAUGCCGCACUGCGUUCUGGUACUGCGGCUUAUCGGCUUAGCGUUCGACAUUUCCGACAGUCGCGAAAAGGAGCGGCUGGGCAAAAAGGACGACCGUUGCGUUGAUCCACCGUCACUGCUAGAGCUGAUUGGAUUUACCUACUUCCCGGCAACGGUUCUGGUCGGACCACAGUUUACGAUGCUGCGCUAUCGACGAUUUAUAGACGGUCUGUACGAGCAGCACACAACGGGAGCACCGGCCUAUUCGGCCAAAAAGUUCCUCCAAGGAACGUUCUAUCUGAUCGUUAACCAGGUCGGCUCACAGCUGGUGUCGGAUUCGUAUCUGCUAUCCGCGGAUUUUGAGCAGGAAUCACUGUUUAUGAAACACAUCUAUAUGGGCCUGUGGGGACGCUGUGCGCUCUACAAGUACAUUUCCAUUUGGUUGCUAGCCGAAGGGGCCGCCGUAUUGUUCGGGCUGACCUACAUCGAUGCCAAACCGGGCGAGCGGGAGUACGAUCCGGACCAGCUGUCAGGUUGCACCAACAUCAAGGUGGGUGUCUUUGAGAACACAAGCAAAUUUGGCCACUACGUAGAAUCGUUCAACGUUCAAACGAACCACUGGACCGCCGUGAACGUGUACAAACGGCUCAAGUUCCUGAACAAUCGCGCCCUGAGCCACUUCGGUGCGUUGCUCUUCCUGGCGGUGUGGCACGGUUUCCACAGCGGCUACUAUGUAACGUUCUUCAUGGAGUUUUUGGUGAUUCGAAUGGAAAAGGAGAUCGAACCCAUUCUGCAGAAGAAUGACUACGUUCAAACCCUGCUGCAGCAGCCCUUGGUCAAGACAUUCGUCUUUGUAGUGCUCAAAUUGUACACGCUCGUCUUUGCCGGUUGGUGUUUGGUUCCGUUCGUGUUUCUAAGCUUCUCCAAGUGGUGGCACAUUUACUGUACGGUUCGUUUCACCGGCUUCCUACUCUUUCUGCUGGGUAAUCUGGCAGCGCAACCUUUUCUGCUGACUGUGCUACCAGCUAACAAGUCUGCGGCAGCGACGACCUCGGAAAAGGAGAAGAAAACCGAGUAAAUUCCUUCCUCAGCCUUUGUGCGCGCGCCAGGUAUGUAGUUGAGAGAUUACCGUUUACGACGCCUUUGUAAAGUUUGGGCACCAGUCAAUAUUAGGAGAACAAUUCGACGAAAAAGACGCUUAAAUCCAUCCAAAUCGAAUAACAGAUUUUUCCACACGUUUUUGCUCACUUAACUAUUAUAGAACAUUCAUCAUCGACUGCACUGAAGUGGUGUGUAUUGAAGAAAACUUUUGCGUGAAAGUUUGUAUGUUUUUUCUUUCGAGAAGGAGAAUGUUUAAAUGAUAUGUCCGGUUAGGGUUUACAGUGAACAGUCUGCUACCUCUCAUUUUUUCGUACUACGAAUUAACGAAUAUAAAUAUUCUCUGAUUGCAAACAGAAACAGUAACCAAAAACAAGAUCGAAUCUUUCCAAACAAAGUUAAAUGUAAUUUUAUCUUUAUUACUAUUCUAUCCUUUAAUAAUACUAACAAGAUAACUACCUAGCAGUGACAUUGAUUGCUAGUUUCCUCCCAAAAUCGGACGCAUAGUUUGUCAGGUAUCUAUAUUAACUAAAUAGUACGAUUAGAUCUAAUCCGCGGGGAAGAGUUCCUUAAUAAGUUUGAAAACCGGCAAAACAGUAGCUAAAAUCCACUCCGUUGUUGGUUUACGAAUCUUAUCUACCGUCGUAACACUUCCUCCUAUUUAAUCUUUCAAUAUUCUAUUAUACCUAAAGCAAACGCUAAUGAAAUGAAGUAUUUUUCUACCAAACUGAAAAAAAAACACACACGAAUUAGUAGAGUAAAUCGUGCACCAAUAGAAUAAUUUAGCGUGGAGUGAGAAGAAAAGCUUAGGCGAGUCGAGUCGAUGGAGCUAAUUGGCAGCUUGAAAUAGAAAUUACACAUUUGUCAAUUUGUAGGUACGUAGUAGGUUGUGUAGUUCUUUGGAGAAACAAAAAAAAACACAUUCAAAAAUGUAAAGAUGAUAGAAUAGAGACACACACACACCUUAACUAACGGUUGGUUCAAAUGAUUACUGCAUGCAAAAACUUUGAACGUAAAUAAAUACCUAGUGCUAGUCAGUUCAAUGAGAGUUAAUUAGAACGGUUUCUUUCGUUUAUUCGCGAUGACAUCGUCCUUUGUAUUUCGAGAGCUAUUUCAAUCUGCCAAUCAGCUUUUAGUGUGUAAUCGUUACCUGCGUGGUUUUGUUUCCAAAAGGCGGUGUUUUGUUUGUUUGUUUGUAAGUGAUAGCGUUAUGCUGAAAGGUUAUUUUAAGUUAGAAUAAGGAAUACUUGAAAUUGUACGCGCGUUAUUUAUUUGCUAUUUAUUCUACU